UUCAGGAUGCACGCAAGUCACGACAAAUGGAAAAAUGCUAUUGCCUAUGCAAAUCGAAAUAAUGCACGAAACGGAAAGGCCCGAGUCGGUGAGUCUGAUAGUCGAGCUUGCAACAAUGUAAAAGCAGCAUUCCUCGAAUCGAAGUGCACCCAGCACCCCACAAUCAUGAAAGGAUUUUUGUCAUUUGUUCUCAUCUCCAUCGCUCUCCUGCAGACGACGGCAGCAGCACCCGCUGCGUCAGAGCACUUCCAAGCCGUCAAAAAGAGUGAGGGCGAGCAGAGUAUGUCUCAACUCAAUAUCGACGACAUAGAUAUCGAGAAGCGCAGCUGGAUGCUGUUUCGCUACGUUGUGGAUGAUGACGAUAAAGGUAAUUAUCUAGUGUUGGUCCUGUUUUCGAGUGUUCUACUUACUCCCUCUGUUAAAUACGCAAUUCUUGAAAACCCCGAAGGUAUGUCUUGAAGCCUAAGGUUAUGGAAGCGCUGGGACGUCU